GGACACGCUAUUCACAGUAAAUAGCUUAUAAUGCAAUCAUGUAUUUAUUCAAAUUAAUAUAUUUUGGAUCAUUUAUCUGCAAUGUAUGUAAUAGUGGGAUCUAAAAUCGUGCUUGUUUUAAUUUGCUAUGAAUUAGUAGGUCAUUUUGUAAGUGGCGAAGGAAAUGACAGUUCUUCAAGUUCCGAUGGAACUAUUUUAGGUGCUGUUCUCGGGAGUAUAUGUGUAAUGUUAGUGGUUGUAACAUGUCUUAUUGUCUCAGUUUGCUGUAAGUCAAAGGUGUGUUCUGUACAACCAUCUCAAGACGCUCAAAGAAAUACAACAAAUAUCACAGUGAAUCUUGAUCGACCACCUUUAGGACCUCCUAGAUACAGUUCGCUGUAUCCUAAUACUAGACUCCCACCAUUGACGAAUUCGAUAAGCCGAUCUAGAGAUGAUUACACUUGUGAACAAGAUGCAACUAAUAGUUCUGUACAUGGACAUUCUAUUCGACCAUCGUGUAUACCGGCAAUAUCACCUCCACAAUAUACUCCAACUAUUAUCCCUACAUCAGAACUGAGAGAUUGACGGAUUUUUUUUUAUACUUUAAAGACAAGUGUCAUUUUAUUUAUGACACACACAAAGUACUGUUUACAUGUAAAAUCAUUAUUAGAGAAUGGACAAUGUAAAACUAUAUGUUCCUCGAGACCGGUAUUUGUCAUCUUAGAUUUAAGAUCGCCACUAAGAACACAAGUAUAAAUGAAUAUCA